ACCAAAGCACUUUAUCAGACCUGGUACCAAAGCUUUAUACUUUACACUCCAGUGUGACGAACACCUCCUGAAGAGUUAAUAUAGGUAUACCUCAUGUGUAUAUGCCAAAAAUCCUUAACCAGACUGAAGUACGGAAUGACAGCAGAGCCAGCACAUGCACCACCUUUACCAAUGAACAACAUGAAAUACUGUAUGUGAGUCCACUAAAAACAGAAAGGAAGGCGGCGCAUUUUGGAGUGCCGGCAGUUUUCCACUGAUUCAGACAGUUAAUUUUAUUUUGCGUUUGUCUGUUUUAAAAUAGGGUCUCGCUGUGUAGUCCAGGCCGGCCUUGAACUCACUUACUUUAGCUCAGGCUGGCCUUUAACUUCUGAUUCCAGGCCUCGGCCUCCCCAGGGCUGGGACUGCAGACCUGCGAUACCACGCCCAUUGGGCUGCAUUCGGUUUGUCUAGUAGUCGUGAAAGGACAUGGAAUGUGCGUAAAUGCCAUGUGACCCUUACGCGGCUUCCGCACAUUACAAUAAUGAAAUGUACAACUGUUUUUGAAAAUAGGACCCUACUGUUUUAUGGGUUGCUCCUUGUGGGUCCCAGUCUCCACUGCCCAACGAGAGAGCUAGAAAACCAAGGGGCAAGGACCAGCCAACGUGAACUGAGCGGCCGGAGAGGGCGGGCCGGGGCGGAGCCAAGCGACCGACGGUGGGAGGGUCGCGUAGGACAGCCCCGACGCGGCUGGCUGCGGCGCAGGGACCUCAGAGCGUGUGUGGGCGGCUCGCCGGCGCCCGCCUCUCCGGUCCGGCCGUUGACCCGGAGCCUUGUGCCUAGGCUCGCCCCGGGAUGCUACUCCGGCCCCGGCGGCCUCCUCCGCUCGCGCCCCACGCGCUGCCUUCGCCAAGUAGCCCCGACGUAGACCUUCGGCCGGCCGAAGACGGCCCGGGGACCCCCCUCGCGGGUCCAGCUACGCCGAGCGCGCUGGCGGAGCCCGAGUCGCCCAGGUCGCCCGUGUCCCCGGGCUCGGCGCAGCGCACGCCCUGGAGCGCACGUGAGACGGAGCUCCUGCUCGGCACGUUGCUGCAGCCGACCGUGUGGCGCUCUCUGCUGCUGGACCGCCGCCAGGCACAGCCCACCUACCGCCGCGUGUCGGCCGCGCUGGCCCGCCAGCAGGUGCGGCGUACGCCCGCGCAGUGCCGCCGCCGCUACAAAUUCCUGAAAGACAAGCUUCGCGACGCUCAGGGCCAGCCGUCAGGGCCCUUCGACGCGCAGAUCCGUGAACUCAUGGGAUUGCUGGGCGACCACGGACGGAGGCGGGUCCGCCGUCGCCCUCCCGGGCCUGGACGGCCGCAGCGCGGCAGACGCCGGACCCCUGCAGUGCCCACGCGCUUCCUCGAGGAACCAGGCGGCGCGCCGCAGUCAGCCACCCGGGACCCCGACGCAGAUCCCGCCUGCCUGCUCAGGUUCAACCCCUCCUCGCCAAAGUCUGCAGAGCCUUGUUGCGCCCCCGGAUCUCCGAUGGCCCAUGCCCCAACAGCCUUCCGAACCUUCAUUCCCGAUCCUGGCCAAGCCCCAGGGUCCCCACCCCCUCCGGACCCCGAUCCCUCCCCAGAGAGCCCCGACACCCCGCCUUAUCGCCCCGACGAUCGCGCACCCCCGCGUCCCACACCGCCUUCGCUAAAUGCCGCGGUGCUGCAGACCUUAACGCACCUCGGUGACAUCGUGGCGAUUCUGGGCCCGCUGCGUGACCAGCUGGUGGCCCUGAACCAACACGUGGAGCAGCUUCGGGGCUCUUUCGACCAGACCGUGUCCCUAGCUGUGGGAUUCAUCUUGGGCAGUGCGGCCGCCGAACGGGGUGUCCUGCGGAACCUGCACCAGUGAGACCUGUGACCGCCCACCCUGUCUCGGGCCAAGCUUCCUCAUCCUUGACCCCUUUUGCAGUCCCCUACCCUACAUUAGGUACGUUAAAUAAAGAGAUUGUUUUUCCAACUUAA